AUGGCCCUCGACAAUUUGAUUUUCGCCCAGUGCAUCCUUUAUUUUUUAGCCUUCGUGUUCGGUUUCAUUGCCGUGGUGCCUCUGUCAGAGAACACGGAGGAUUUCGGGGGGAAAUGCCUGCUCUUCACGCGGGGUAUGUGGCAAAACGAGAACAUCACUGUGUCGAAGCAGCGCUUCAUCGUGGAGGAGUGGGGACCCGAGUCCUCCUGCAGCUUCAUCACUUUUGUCGGGAUAGCGUCCCUCAUCCUGUCCGCAGUGCAGGCAUGGAGGCUGCUGUUUUUUCUGUGCAAAGGACACGACGACUCCAUCUUCAACGCCUUCCUCAACCUGCUGAUCAGCUCCCUGGUGGUGUUCACGGUCUUCCUGUCCAGCACCAUCGUCAGUGUGGGUUUCAACAUGUGGUGCGACUCCAUCACAGAGGGCGGGGCCAUGCCUAGCAGCUGCGAGGACCUGCAGGACACCGAUCUAGAACUCGGCCUGGACAACUCUGCUUUCUACGACCAGUUUGCUAUAGCUCAGUUCGGCCUGUGGGCUGCCUGGCUCACCUGGCUCGGCAUCGCAGUGAUGGCCUUCCUGAAGGUCUACCACAACUACAGACAAGAGGACCUGCUGGACAGCCUGAUCCACGAGAAGGACCUGCUGCUCGGCCGCUCCUCGCGCCGCAGCUCUGACCUCAAGACCGGCCUGAUCUAGAAACCGGAGGACGCACAAACACACACACUCACUCACACUCAACCGUACAGUCCUCUCGCCUGCCAUGAGAAACACCAAUGUUUGCCUCUGUAGACAAUCAAAAUGAAUUGGUUUUUGCCCCCAUUGGCAACAGAUUGAAUCAAACGGAAGGUUUUAGCUUUGUUCUAUAAGGGUAAUUGAUUUCCCCUCAAACAAUCUCCCAAUGGUUGUUAAUCCUUUGAGUCCUGCUUUAUUUAGUUAACCUCUGUGUGCAUUCCUCUUCAACACACACAGCCAUAGAUCAGCCCUGAUAGUAUUAAAACCAUUUAAUGGAAAUAUACACCCAGUUUUUCUCAACUCAACACAGUAUUGAUGACUGGGACAGAUCGGCUGAUGGAUCAUGUCAUGUCUUUGUGAAACUUGUGCAUGGACCUUAUGCAUGACAAAUUGAUAGGGUGAUGUUUUUUAGUUGUAAAGGGUUUUUUUGUUUAUACGCAGAUAAACUAAAUUAGGCUUCUUUUCACUGCACACUACUUUGGCGAAGUCAGCUCUCUGCAUGCUGCAGCAAAGCAAAAUGAUGCGUGCUUUUGCAGUGUAUUCACACUUUUAUCGACAGUGACAAAAAGUUUUUUUGAACAAAAAUGACAAAUUGUACUUCAGAACAUUCAUGUAUCGGGCAGCCAGUCCAACAAUGCUUUUAGAAAUCUGUGUGAGAUUAAAAAAAAAACUAUUUUGUGCCAUAUACAGUAGUAACUCAGGCUUUUCCUUCACUUUAUAGGCUACAAACCAAUAUACUGUAUUACUGUGAAUAGACGCACAAAUGUACCUGCAUGCAUCUCUCUCCCUGUUACGUACACAUCACACACUCUCUUACUGUCAGAGAUUACAGGAAGAAAGCAAAUCGUCCGCUCGGCUUUGAUAGGCAAUGACAGUUUUAUUCAAAACAACUGAAAUCAUAAACCGGUAGGAACUAAGAAAACCCUCCAUAAAGGCACUUCUUUCAAAGUGACCGUAAAUGUUUGGACAGCCGUGAAAUGCAGCUCCUAAACUAAAUGUGCAUAUACAGGACACGAGCUCGCUGGGUGUUGUUUUAUUGCUAAUGACAAUUUAGUUUGACAGUACAGAGCGGAGAGUAUGUCUUGCUUCCAUACAGGCGCUAUUAGCCUUAUAUUGCUUUGACAUUCAAAUGUGAAACCUCCAAAAUCAUUUGCUUUUGAGUUCCCUGAAACCUGUGAUAUAAAGAACAAUGUUUUACUGGA